GGCUCACCACAAAUCCCCUCUAGUUGAGGUAGGCAAUGCAGGAGGACUUUGCUUGUAGUCACUUCUACAGAAGGAGUGGAGGGAGUGUGACUGCUCGGGAAUUUCCUUUCUGAUGGGCUGUCAGUCCACCUGCUAACCUGCCAGUUCUACUAACCAAAUGGAACUGUCCUUGUGAUCUGAUACGUUCGAUCUCCAUCGCGACGUCUCUGCGCUCGCAGGACCGUAACAUUACAUUUUUGUCUGCGAUAUGGGGACCGUGCUCUCUAUAUCCCCUAUAGUAACUAAGGGGACCAUUCUGAAAGAUGGAGGAGACGGGAAAACAGAGAAAAGCCUUAAAAAGCCGUCAGUGGUCGUGUCCACGCUCACAUUUAAGCGGCUAGUGACUGCAUCAUGUCAGAAAAAAAGUGCCAAGAAAGUAAGUCCGAAUCCUCUUCCUUUGCCAGCGAGCAGCGACAGUCAGGUCGAGCAUCUGAAUCAGGAGAACUCCAGGAAAUCGCAACAGUCCGAGAAGAAAACGAAAACUGUACCUCUCGUGGUACCCAUCCCCACGGUUCCUCCCAAUCUAGACCAGGAUCGGGACCUGUUCACUCCAGCGGCGAAGCAACUGGUGUCGGUUCAGAAGCAGACCAGCAGCCAGUCGCUCGUCUCGCCGAGGCAGGUGAUCGUACAGGCCUCCACCGGGGAGCUGCUCCGUUGUCUGGGCGAAUUCCUCUGCAAACGAUGCUGCAAAGUCAGGGAACUCACCCCAAACGAGGUCGUCCUCUGGUUCCGAAACGUGGACAGGACUCUGCUGUUGCAGGGCUGGCAGGACCAAGGGUUCAUCACGCCUGCCAACCUCGUGUUCGUCUAUCUGCUCGUUAGGGAAACUGUAAGCCAGGAUAUUGACAGUUCACAUGAACUCCACGGGACCUUUCUGGCCUGCCUCUAUCUGGCGUAUUCCUACAUGGGGAACGAGAUCUCGUACCCUCUCAAGCCCUUCAUGGUCGACACCAAUCAGGACGUGUUCUGGGAACGUUCGUUAGAUGUCAUCGAUAAACUGAGUGGCAAAAUGCUGCAGAUUAACAUGGAUCCGCACUUUUUUACAGAGGUUUUCCAAGACUUAAAAACCGAAGGCGAUUAUAAGAAGGAUGCAGGCGAACUGGAUCGUUGAGUGUGAUCAGAUACU